GAGCCGCUGGAGGCCAGAGGGUCCUCGGGGAGCGGAGUGAGAGCCACGUCGACGCAGCAGCGGCGCGGAGGGCCGGGCCGAGGAGCCCGCCGGCGGGCGAGCCGGCGCGGGCACCCGGCGGCGCGGCGCCGGCAGCCUUGAGGAGCUCUGCUGCGCCGGUCGGGGGGCCCUGGCGAGGCCGGGCCCGCGGGUGCAGGCGCCUCCGAAAUGUGCAAGCCGAGCUCCAAGCGAGCAGACUGGUGGCACACCGCGCCACGAGCAGCUCGAGGUGCUGA